AGUAGGUGCUCUGUGACUGCACGAAGCAGCUGCUAGGUCAGAGCGCGUGCUCUUCGAUUUGUGGUUGGCUCUUGCGCCAACGUUCUGCCGCUCCUGUACCCGUUCUGCGUUCCCGCUAGGUCCCAACGUAAACGCGAAACACUAACGAUGUCUUCGAUCGUGAAGACCGUUAGGCACUUUGACUAUUUAGUCAUCGGCGCUGGGUCCGGCGGUAUUGCCAGCGCUCGCCGGGCCGCCGAAUACGGUGCGCGUGUAGCUAUCAUCGAAUGCGGUCCUCUCGGAGGCACGUGCGUCAACGUCGGCUGCGUCCCGAAGAAGCUGUGCUACUACUGCGCCAGCAUGGCCGAGAUGAUGAAGGACUUGAAGGACUACGGCUUCGACGUGCACCACAAGCCGCUCGUCGACUGGGCCAAGUUCAAAGCCAAGCGCGACGCGUACAUCAAACGCCUCAACGACAUCUACGGCUCGAACCUGGCGAAAAGCAACGUCGAGUUGGUCAAAGGGCGUGCCAAGUUCGUCGGUCCCAAGACGGUGCACGUGGGUCACAACGCGUAUAGCGGCGAACAUGUUCUGAUCGCCACAGGCGGCGAACCUCUAGUCCCGAAAGUUCCAGGGGCCGAGUAUGGCAUCACCAGCGACGGCUUCUUCCAGCUGGAAAAGUUGCCUCGGAAGUGCGUCGUUGUCGGCUCGGGCUACAUCGCCGUUGAGCUGGCUGGCGUCUUCCAUGCACUCGGCGCAGCCGUGACGCUGAUCACGCGCACAGAGCACAUCCUGCGCGUCUUCGAGCCCAUGCUGGGCGCCACACUCAUGGAGCACAUGUCCUCUGAGGGGGUCCACUUCGAGAAGAACUGCACAGUGGCCAGCAUCACCAAGAUGGCCCACUGGUACGAGGUUGUCACGACGACUAACCGGAAGAUCCAGGAGGUCGACCUGGUCCUCUGGGCUGUCGGGCGCAAGCCGCACAUCGACCUUGACCUCCACCUCACGGGCGUUGAGCUUGAUAAGACUGGUCACAUCAAGGUGGACGAGUACCAGAACACGACCAGUCCCGGCGUGUACGCGCUGGGCGACGUCUGUGGCAAGUGGCUGUUGACGCCGGUCGCCAUAGCGGCGGGACGCUGCCUCUCGGAGCGCCUCUUCAACAACAAGCCGGACUGCAAGCUGGUCUACGAAAGCAUUCCGACUGUCAUCUUUAGCCACCCGCCCAUCGGAACCAUUGGUAUGACGCUAGCCCAAGCCGAAGCUAAGUAUGGAGCACAGGAAAUAAAGACUUACAGAAGCACAUUUACACCCAUGUACUACAGCAUGACCGAGCGAAAAUCCAAGUGCGUCAUGAUGCUCGUGUGCGCGGGGCCCGAGGAGCGGGUAGUUGGCCUGCACAUGAUUGGCGACUCGGCCGACGAAAUCCUGCAAGGGUUUGGCGUCGCCAUCAAGAUGGGCGCUACCAAGGCGCAUUUUGACAGCUGCGUCGCCAUUCAUCCGACGUCGGCUGAAGAGUUGGUGACCAUGCGAUGACGUGUGAAUCGCCCUCCAAUUGAUUUACGAGCAAACAAAAUUCGGGAGUAAGAGGCGGUCGCACGCAUUCUCGGUGUUUCCGUCAUAAACUGAAAAAGUGCGUUGGCGAGGGUCGGUUGAUACAUUCUGGAACUUUAAAAACAGCGCGAGAAUGGGCCACGUAUAAGCGACGACCUGGGGCGACGUCUCGUCGCUUCCAUUUUGCAACCCAUCCUAGCCCUAUCUUUGAGUUUCAGUUUCUGUCAAGGUUGUGAGACUGGAAAGGGCAGGUGAGGAGUGCGUACGUCGAUGCGUGAGUCAUUUUAGAUGCGGGUCCAGCCAACGCUGACCAGUUACACUGAAACCUCGAUAUACUGAAUUCAGAUGUAAUAAAAUAUUGGUGUUAAAGAAUUGAAAAUAGUCUUGCAAUAGAUAUAAUAGGAAUAAACCUUUAUAACAAAUUUUUAGAUGUAACAAACUUAUUUUUGUGCAAGAUAUAACUUAUGAGCUUUGAGUGUAGUUUCCGUGUAUGCAUUAGUACAUUGCACUUAAACAGUAUUAUUUAACUAGCACCAAUUCAUAGUAAUUUCAUUAGUUGUAAUUAGUAGUUAUUAACAGAACAGUAAAGCAGUUGGAGGUAUCACAAUUGUAUAGCAAAAUGAUGCAGGUAGCGCAGCUAGGAGUGCUGUAUAUCAUUCGUUGUGGCAUUUUCUGCUUGACUGAUGGUAAAUACUUUCGAGAAGGCAUGGUGGACUGUACAACUACAAUUAUUAUAGUAAUAGCAGCACUCCAGUCAUUUUCAUAUUACUUUUUUUCUAUAUAUGGUGCACGAACUUACACUUUACAUUGAGCUUUUCUAUUAGUUCGUACUAAGGAUAAAUUUAUUGUGAAUCCUAUAUUCUUUUAAAGGUCCCAUAACAAAGCUCUUGCAAUUGUGUUUUAAUGCAUGGUUUUAUUGUCAACUUGAAAUUAAAAUGCAUAUUUUUUAAGAAAUUGAA